AUAACAUUCUCUCUUGAGCCUUUUUUUUCUUUGCUUUCUUUCGUUCUUUCUCUUUGUUAAUUUAGAGGGAGAGAACGAUCUUUAAUAUUUCUUUUCCUUCUUCUUCGAUUCUCAAUCAAUAAUUGAAAAUGGGAAACUGUGGUAGCAACCCUAAGACCGACGAGGGACACGAGUCAGUGCCGUUGCCUGUCCCUGAGGUUAAGGUUGAGCAUGCAGUCGAAGAAAAGUCCCUAAACACCUUGCUUAAUGAGAAUGUGGAGGAGGGAAAGAAGCCAGAAGAAGUGAAGGUUGAGGCUGAGGAAGUGAAGGCCGAACCUAAGAAAGAAGAACCUAAGACUGAAGUGUUAAAGGUUCAAGAAGAGAAGCCAAAAACAGACGAGGCACAGCUUCAAGCUUUCUUUGCUAAGAGAGAGGGCUAGUAUACCUCAAAUAGAAAAUUUUCUUGCUUUUCUGUUUAGUUUUCCAAAACAAUUUGGUUUAGAUGGUUAUGUGUACGCAAUCGACAAUUUUAAUUUAGGGUUGUUGAUUUAAA